AUGGGGCGGCGGGCGGCGGGCGCGCUGCUGCUGGCGCUGCUGCUGCACGGGCGGCUGCUCGCGGUGACCCACGGGCUGAGCGCGUACGAUGGCUUAUCUCUGCCUGAGGACACGGAGACGGUCACAGCAAGCCAAAUGCGCUGGACACAUUCGUACCUUUCUGAUGAUGAGGACAUGCUGGCUGACAGCACCUCCGGAGACGACCUGGGCAGUGGGGACCUGGGCAGCGGGGACUUCCAGAUGGUUUAUUUCCGAGCCCUGGUGAAUUUCACUCGCUCCAUCGAGUACAGCCCUCAGCUGGAGGACGCAGGCUCCAGAGAAUUCCGAGAGGUGUCCGAGGCUGUGGUAGACACGCUGGAGUCGGAGUACUUGAAAAUUCCCGGAGACCAGGUUGUCAGUGUGGUGUUCAUCAAGGAGCUGGAUGGCUGGGUUUUUGUGGAGCUGGAUGUGGGCUCGGAAGGGAAUGCAGACGGGGCCCAGAUUCAGGAGGUGCUCCUCAGGGUCAUCUCCAGUGGCUCCAUGGCCUCCUACAUCACCUCUCCCCGGGGAUUCCAGUUCCGACGCCUGGGCACAGCACAGACCCCCCCACCCCCGCCGGCCGCUGUGGCGGUCGCAGUGACACCAGUGCCCCAGUUCCCAAGAGCCUGCACGGAGGCUGAGUUUGCCUGCCACAGCUACAACGAGUGUGUGGCCCUAGAGUAUCGCUGUGACCGGCGGCCCGACUGCAGGGACAUGUCUGAUGAGCUCAAUUGCGAGGAACUGGUCCUGGGGAUCAGCCCCACAGUCUCUCUCCUGGUGGAGACGACACCUUUACCACUGCGGCCGGAGACAACCAUCAUGCGACAGCCACCAGUCACCCACGCUCCUCAGCCCCUGCUUCCCGGUUCCGUCAGGCCCCUGCCCUGUGGGCCCCAGGAGGCCGCAUGCCGCAGUGGUCACUGCAUCCCCGGAGACUACCUCUGCGACGGACAGGAGGACUGCGAGGACGGCAGCGAUGAGCUAGACUGUGGACCCCCGCCACCCUGUGAGCCCAAUGAGUUCCCCUGUGGGAAUGGACAUUGUGCCCUCAAGCUGUGGCGCUGUGAUGGUGAUUUUGACUGUGAGGACCGAACUGACGAAGCCAACUGCCCCGCCAAGCGCCCUGAAGAGGUGUGUGGGCCCACACAGUUCCGAUGUGUCUCUACCAACGUGUGCAUCCCAGCCAGCUUCCACUGUGAUGAGGAGAGUGACUGUCCCGACCGGAGCGACGAGUUUGGCUGCAUGCCCCCCCAGGUGGUGACGCCUCCCCAGGAGUCCAUCCAGGCUUCCCGGGGCCAGACAGUGACCUUCACCUGCGUGGCCAUUGGCGUCCCCACCCCCAUCAUCAAUUGGAGGCUCAACUGGGGCCACAUCCCGUCUCAUCCCAGGGUGACAGUGACCAGCGAGGGGGGCCGUGGCACACUGAUCAUCCGUGACGUGAAGGAGUCAGACCAGGGUGCCUACACCUGUGAGGCCAUGAACGCCCGGGGCAUGGUGUUUGGCAUUCCUGACGGUGUCCUUGAGCUCGUCCCACAGCGAGGCCCCUGCCCUGAUGGCCACUUCUAUCUGGAGCACAGCGCCUCCUGCCUGCCCUGCUUCUGCUUUGGCAUCACCAGCGUGUGCCAGAGCAGCCGCCGCUUCCGGGACCAGAUCAGGCUGCGCUUUGACCAACCCGAUGACUUCAAGGGUGUGAAUGUGAUGAUGCCUGCACAGCCCAGCAUGCCACCCCUCUCCUCCACGCAGCUGCAGAUCGACCCAGCCCUACAUGAGUUCCAGCUAGUCGACCUGUCCCGCCGCUUCCUCGUCCACGACUCCUUCUGGGCUCUCCCUGAGCAGUUCCUGGGCAACAAGGUGGAUUCCUAUGGCGGGUCCCUGCGUUACAACGUGCGCUACGAGCUGGCCCGUGGCAUGCUGGAGCCAGUGCAGCGGCCGGACGUGGUCCUCAUGGGUGCCGGGUACCGCCUCCUCUCCCGAGGCCACACGCCCACCCAACCUGGUGCUCUGAACCAGCGCCAGGUCCAGUUCUCUGAGGAGCACUGGGUCCAUGAGUCUGGCCGGCCGGUGCAGCGCGCGGAGCUGCUGCAGGUGCUGCAGAGCCUGGAGGCCGUGCUCAUCCAGACCGUGUACAACACCAAGAUGGCCAGUGUGGGGCUGAGCGACAUCGCCAUGGAUACUACCGUCACCCAUGCCACCAGCCAUGGCCGUGCCCACAGUGUGGAGGAGUGCAGAUGCCCCAUUGGCUAUUCUGGCUUGUCCUGCGAGAGCUGUGAUGCCCACUUCACUCGGGUGCCUGGUGGGCCCUACCUGGGCACCUGCUCUGGCUGCAAUUGCAAUGGCCAUGCCAGCUCCUGUGACCCUGUGUAUGGCCACUGCCUGAAUUGCCAGCACAACACGGAGGGGCCACAGUGCAACAAGUGCAAGGCUGGCUUCUUUGGGGAUGCCACAAAAGCCACAGCUACUGCCUGCCGGCCCUGCCCUUGCCCAUACAUCGAUGCCUCCCGCAGAUUCUCAGACACUUGCUUCCUGGACACGGAUGGCCAAGCCACAUGUGACGCCUGUGCCCCAGGCUACACUGGCCGCCGCUGUGAGAGCUGUGCCCCCGGAUAUGAGGGCAACCCCAUCCAGCCCGGCGGGAAGUGCAGGCCUGUCAACCAGGAGAUUGUGCGCUGUGAUGAGCGUGGCAGCAUGGGGACCUCCGGGGAAGCCUGCCGCUGUAAGAACAAUGUGGUGGGGCGCUUGUGCAACGAAUGUGCUGACGGCUCUUUCCACCUGAGUACCCAAAACCCCGAUGGCUGCCUCAAGUGCUUCUGCAUGGGUGUCAGUCGCCAGUGCACCAGCUCUUCCUGGAGCCGUACCCAGGUGCAUGGGGCCUCUGAGGAGCCUGGUCGCUUCAGCCUGACCAACGCUGCAAGCACCCACACCACCAACGAGGGCAUCUUCUCCCCCACGCCUGGGGAACUGGGAUUCUCCUCCUUCCACAGACUCCUAUCUGGACCCUACUUCUGGAGCCUCCCUUCACGCUUCCUGGGGGACAAGGUGACCUCCUAUGGAGGAGAGCUGCGUUUCACAGUGACCCAGCGGUCCCAGCCAGGCUCCACACCCCUGCACGGGCAGCCACUGGUGGUGCUGCAAGGUAACAACAUCAUCCUAGAGCACCACCCGGCCCAGGAGCCCAGCCCCGGCCAGCCCAGCACCUUCACUGUGCCCUUCCGGGAGCAAGCAUGGCAGCGGCCCGAUGGGCAGCCAGCCACACGGGAGCACCUGCUGAUGGCACUGGCGGGCAUCGAUACCCUCCUGGUCCGAGCAUCCUACGCCCAGCAGCCCGCUGAGAGCAGGGUCUCUGGGAUCAGCAUGGAUGUGGCUGUGCCUGAGGAAACCGGCCAGGACCCCGCGCUGGAAGUGGAGCAGUGCUCCUGCCCACCCGGGUACCGCGGCCCGUCCUGCCAGGACUGUGACACAGGCUACACACGCAUGCCCAGUGGCCUCUACCUGGGUACCUGCGAACGCUGCAGCUGCCACGGUCACUCAGAGGCCUGUGAGCCUGAAACAGGUGCCUGCCAGGGUUGCCGGCAUCACACAGAGGGCCCUCGGUGUGAGCAGUGCCAGCCAGGAUACUACGGGGACGCCCAGCGGGGGACACCACAGGACUGCCAGCUGUGCCCCUGCUACGGAGACCCUGCUGCCGGCCAGGCUGCCCACACUUGUUUUCUGGACACAGACGGCCACCCCACUUGUGAUGCAUGCUCCCCAGGCCACAGCGGGCGUCACUGCGAGAGGUGUGCCCCUGGCUACUAUGGCAACCCCAGCCAGGGCCAGCCAUGCCAGAGAGACGGCCAGGUGCCAGGGCCCAUAGGCUGCAACUGUGACCCCCAAGGCAGCGUCAGCAGCCAGUGUGACACUGCUGGUCAGUGCCAGUGCAAGGCCCAGGUGGAAGGCCUCACCUGCAGCCACUGCCGGCCCCACCACUUCCACCUGAGCGCCAGCAACCCCGAGGGCUGCCUGCCCUGCUUCUGUAUGGGCAUCACCCAGCAGUGCGCCAGCUCCGCCUACACGCGCCACCUGAUCUCCACCCACUUUGCCCCUGGGGACUUCCAAGGCUUUGCCCUAGUGAACCCACAGCGGAACAGCCGCCUGACUGGAGAAUUCACUGUGGAACCCAUGCCCGAGGGUGCCCAGCUCUCUUUUGGCAACUUCGCCCACCUUGGCCACGAAUCCUUCUACUGGCAGCUGCCGGAGACAUACCAGGGAGACAAGGUGGCGGCCUAUGGUGGGAAGCUGCGAUACACCCUCUCCUACACAGCAGGCCCACAGGGCAGCCCACUCUCUGACCCCGACGUGCAGAUCACGGGCAACAACAUCAUGCUAGUGGCCUCCCAGCCAGCGCUACAGGGCACCGAGAGGAGGAGCUACGAGAUCGUGUUGCGAGAGGAAUUCUGGCGCCGUCCCGAUGGGCAGCCAGCCACACGCGAGCACCUCCUGAUGGCACUGGCUGACCUGGAUGAGCUCCUGAUCCGGGCCACAUUCUCCUCCGUGCCGCUGGCGGCCAGCAUCAGCGCAGUCAGCCUGGAGGUCGCCCAGCCCGGGCCCUCCAACGGACCCCGGGCCCUCGAGGUGGAGGAGUGCCGCUGCCCCCCAGGCUACAUCGGUCUGUCCUGCCAGGACUGCGCCCCCGGCUACACACGCACCGGGAGUGGACUCUACCUCGGCCACUGCGAGCUGUGUGAAUGCAAUGGUCACUCAGACCUGUGCCACCCGGAGACUGGGGCCUGCUCGCAAUGCCAGCACAACGCCGCAGGGGAGUUCUGCGAGCUAUGUGCCCCUGGCUACUACGGAGAUGCCACAGCCGGGACGCCUGAGGACUGCCAGCCCUGUGCCUGCCCACUGACCAACCCAGAGAACAUGUUCUCCCGCACCUGUGAGAGCUUGGGAGCCGGUGGGUACCGCUGCACAGCCUGCGAACCCGGCUACACUGGCCAGUACUGUGAGCAGUGUGCCCCAGGUUACGUGGGUAACCCCAGCGUGCAAGGGGGCCGGUGCCUGCCAGAGACAAACCAAGCCCCACUGGUGGUCGAGGUCCAUCCUGCUCGAAGCAUAGUGCCCCAAGGUGGCUCCCACUCCCUGCGGUGCCAGGUCAGUGGGAGCCCACCCCACUACUUCUAUUGGUCCCGUGAGGAUGGGCGGCCUGUGCCCAGCAGCACCCAGCAGCGACAUCAAGGCUCUGAGCUCCACUUCCCCAGCGUCCAGCCCUCGGAUGCCGGGGUCUACAUUUGCACCUGCCGUAAUCUCCACCAUGCCAAUACCAGCCGGGCAGAGCUGCUGGUCACUGAGGCUCCAAGCAAGCCCAUCACAGUGACAGUGGAGGAGCAGCGGAGCCAGAGCGUGCGCCCCGGAGCCGAUGUCACCUUCAUCUGCACGGCCAAAAGCAAGUCCCCAGCCUAUACCCUGGUGUGGACCCGCCUGCACAACGGGAAGCUGCCCACCCGAGCCAUGGAUUUCAACGGCAUCCUGACCAUUCGCAAUGUCCAGCUGAGUGAUGCGGGCACCUAUGUGUGCACCGGCUCCAACAUGUUUGCCAUGGACCAGGGCACAGCCACUCUACAUGUGCAGGCCUCGGGCACCUCGUCCGCCCCUGUGGUCUCCAUCCACCCGCCACAGCUCACAGUGCAGCCCGGGCAACUGGCGGAGUUCCGCUGCAGCGCCACAGGGAGCCCCACACCCACCCUCGAGUGGACAGGGGGUCCUGGCGGCCAGCUCCCUGCAAAGGCACAAAUCCGUGGUGGUAUCCUGCGCCUGCCAGCCGUCGAGCCCACAGAUCAGGCCCAGUACCUGUGCCGAGCCCACAGCAGCGCUGGGCAGCAGGUGGCCAGGGCUGUGCUCCACGUGCAUGGGGGCAGUGGACCCAGAGUCCAAGUGAGCCCAGAGAGGACCCAGGUCCACGAAGGCCGCACCGUCAGGCUGUACUGCAGGGCUGCAGGCGUGCCCAGUGCCACCAUCACCUGGAGGAAGGAAGGGGGCAGCCUCCCACCACAGGCCCGGUCGGAGCGCACAGACAUCGCCACACUGCUCAUCCCAGCCAUCACGACUGCUGAUGCCGGCUUCUACCUCUGUGUGGCCACCAGCCCCGCAGGCACCGCCCAGGCCCGGAUCCAAGUGGUUGUCCUUUCAGCCUCAGAUGCCAGCCCACCACCAGUCAAGAUUGAGUCCUCAUCACCUUCCGUGACAGAAGGGCAGACACUCGACCUCAACUGUGUGGUGGCAGGGUCGGCCCACGCCCAAGUCACCUGGUACAGGCGAGGGGGCAGCCUGCCUCCCCACACCCAGGUCCACGGCUCCCGACUGCGGCUCCCCCAGGUCUCACCAGCUGAUUCUGGAGAAUAUGUGUGUCGCGUGGAGAAUGGAUCGGGCCCCAAGGAGGCCUCCAUUACUGUCUCUGUCCUCCACGGCACCCAUUCUGGCCCCAGCUACACCCCAGCGCCCGGCAGCACCCAGCCCAUCCGCAUCGAGCCCUCCUCCUCACACGUGGCUGAAGGGCAGACCCUGGAUCUGAACUGCGUGGUACCCGGGCAGGCCCACGCCCAGGUCACAUGGCACAAGCGUGGGGGCAGCCUCCCUGCCCGGCACCAGACCCAUGGCUCGCUGCUGCGGCUGCAUCAGGUGACCCCGGCCGACUCAGGCGAGUACGUGUGCCGUAUGGUGGGCACCUCCAGCCCCCUGGAGGCCUCAGUCCUGGUCACCAUUGAGGCCUCUGUCAUCCCUGGACGCGUCCCACCUGUCAGGAUCGAAUCUUCAUCCUCCACAGUGGCUGAGGGGCAGACUCUGGAUCUGAGCUGUGUGGUAGCAGGGCAGGCCCAUGCCCAGGUCACAUGGUACAAGCGCGGGGGCAGCCUCCCUGCCCGGCACCAGGUUCGUGGCUCCCGCCUGUACAUCUUCCAGGCCUCACCUGCCGAUGCGGGACAAUACGUCUGCCGGGCCAGCAAUGGCAUGGAGGCCUCCAUCACGGUCACAGUAACUGGGACCCAGGGGGCCAACUUAGCCUACCCUGCCGGCAGCACCCAGCCCAUCCGCAUCGAGCCCUCCUCCUCACAGGUGGCUGAAGGGCAGACCCUGGAUCUGAACUGCGUGGUACCCGGGCAGGCCCACGCCCAGGUCACAUGGCACAAGCGUGGGGGCAGCCUCCCUGUCCGGCACCAGACCCACGGCUCCCUGCUGAGACUCUACCAAGUGUCCCCCGCCGACUCAGGCGAGUACGUGUGCCGAGUGUCGGGCAGCUCCGUGCCCCUAGAGGCCUCCGUCCUGGUCACCAUUGAGCCUGCGGGCUCAGUGCCUGCACUUGGGGUCACCCCCACAGUCCGGAUCGAGUCAUCAUCUUCGCAUGUGGCUGAAGGGCAGACCCUGGAUCUGAACUGCCUCGUUGCUGGUCAGGCCCAUGCCCAGGUUACAUGGCACAAGCGCGGGGGCAGCCUCCCGGCCCGGCACCAGGUGCAUGGCUCGAGGCUACGGCUGCUCCAGGUGACCCCAGCUGACUCAGGGGAGUACGUGUGCCGUGUGGUUGGCAGCUUAGGCACCCAGGAAGCCUCGGUCCUUGUCACCAUCCAGCAGCGCCUUAGCGGCUCCCACUCCCAGGGCGUGGCAUACCCUGUCCGCAUCGAGUCCUCCUCAGCCUCCCUGGCCAAUGGACACACCCUGGACCUCAACUGCCUGGUUGCCAGCCAGGCUCCCCACACCAUCACCUGGUAUAAGCGUGGAGGCAGCUUACCCAGCCGGCACCAGAUCGUGGGCUCCCGGCUGCGGAUCCCUCAGGUGACUCCGGCGGACUCGGGCGAGUAUGUGUGUCAUGUCAGUAACGGUGCAGGCUCUCGGGAGACCUCGCUUAUCGUCACCAUCCAGGGCAGCGGCUCCUCCCACGUGCCCAGUGUCUCCCCACCAAUCAGGAUCGAGUCCUCUUCCCCUACGGUGGUAGAAGGGCAGACCUUGGAUCUGAACUGUGUGGUCGCCAGGCAGCCCCAGGCUAUCAUCACAUGGUACAAGCGUGGAGGCAGCCUUCCCUCCCGACACCAGACCCAUGGCUCCCACCUGCGGUUGCACCAAAUGUCUGUGGCUGACUCGGGCGAGUAUGUGUGCCGGGCCAACAACAACAUCGAUGCCCUGGAGGCCUCCAUCGUGAUCUCCGUCUCCCCUAGAGCUGGCAGCCCCUCCGUCCCUGGCAGUUCCAUGCCCAUCAGAAUUGAGUCAUCAUCCUCACACGUGGCCGAAGGGCAGACCCUGGAUCUGAACUGCGUGGUCCCCGGGCAGGCCCAUGCCCAGGUCACUUGGCACAAGCGUGGGGGCAGCCUCCCCAGUCACCAUCAGGCCCACGGCUCACGACUGCGGCUGCACCAGGUGUCCCCGGCCGACUCGGGUGAAUACGUGUGCCGGGUGAUGGGCGGCUCUGGCCCCCUGGAGGCCUCGGUCCUGGUCACCAUUGAAGCCUCUGGCUCAAGUGCUGUCCACAUCCCCGCCCCAGGUGGAGCCCCACCCAUCCGCAUCGAGACCUCCUCCUCCCGAGUGGCCGAAGGGCAGACCCUGGAUCUGAAGUGCGUGGUGCCUGGGCAGGCCCACGCCCAGGUCACGUGGCACAAGCGUGGAGGAAACCUCCCUGCCCGGCACCAGGUCCACGGCCCGCUGCUGAGGCUGAACCAGGUGUCCCCAGCUGACUCUGGCGAGUACUCGUGCCAAGUGACUGGAAGCUCAGGCACCCUGGAGGCUUCUGUCCUGGUCACAAUUGAGCCCUCCAGCCCAGGCCCCAUUCCUGCUCCAGGACUGGCCCAGCCCAUCUACAUUGAGGCCUCCUCUUCGCAUGUGACUGAAGGGCAGACUCUGGAUCUGAACUGUGUGGUGCCCGGGCAGGCCCAUGCCCAGGUCACGUGGUACAAGCGCGGGGGCAGCCUCCCCCCCCGGCACCAGACCCAUGGCUCCCAGCUGCGGCUCCACCAGGUCUCCCCUGCUGAUUCAGGCGAGUAUGUGUGUCGUGCAGCUGGUGGCCCAGGCCCUGAACAAGAAGCCUCCUUCACAGUCACCGUCCCACCCAGCGAGGGGUCUUCCUACCGCCUUAGGAGCCCGGUCAUCUCCAUCGACCCGCCCAGCAGCACCGUGCAGCAGGGCCAGGAUGCCAGCUUCAAGUGCCUCAUCCAUGAUGGAGCAGUCCCCAUCAGCCUCGAGUGGAAGACCCGGAACCAGGAGCUGGAGGACAACGUCCGCAUCAGUCCCAAUGGCUCCAUCAUCACCAUCGUGGGCACCCGGCCCAGCAACCACGGCACCUACCGCUGCGUGGCCUCCAACGCCUACGGCGUGGCCCAGAGUGUGGUGAACCUCAGUGUGCAUGGGCCCCCUACAGUGUCCGUGCUCCCCGAGGGCCCCGUGUGGGUGAAGGUGGGAAAGGCUGUCACCCUGGAGUGUGUCAGUGCCGGGGAGCCCCGCUCCUCUGCUCGCUGGACCCGGAUCAGCAGCACCCCUGCCAAGUUGGAGCAGCGGACAUAUGGGCUCAUGGACAGCCACGCAGUGCUGCAGAUUUCAUCAGCUAAACCAUCAGAUGCGGGCACUUAUGUGUGCCUUGCUCAGAAUGCACUGGGCACAGCACAGAAGCAGGUGGAGGUGAUCGUGGACAUGGGCGCCAUGGCCCCCGGGGCCCCUCAGGUCCAAGCUGAAGAAGCUGAGCUGACUGUGGAGGCUGGACACACGGCCACCUUGCGCUGCUCAGCCACAGGCAGCCCCGCGCCCACCAUCCACUGGUCCAAGCUGCGUUCCCCACUACCCUGGCAGCACCGGCUGGAAGGUGACACACUCAUCAUACCCCGGGUAGCCCAGCAGGACUCGGGCCAGUACAUCUGCAAUGCCACCAGCCCUGCUGGGCACGCUGAGGCCACCAUCAUCCUGCACGUGGAGAGCCCACCGUAUGCCACCACGGUCCCAGAGCACGCUUCGGUGCAGGCAGGGGAGACGGUACAGCUCCAGUGCCUGGCUCACGGGACACCCCCACUCACCUUCCAGUGGAGCCGCGUGGGCAGCAGCCUUCCUGGGAGGGCUACUGCCAGGAACGAGCUGCUGCACUUUGAGCGUGCAGCCCCUGAGGACUCAGGCCGCUACCGCUGCCGGGUCACCAACAAGGUGGGCUCAGCCGAGGCCUUUGCCCAGCUGCUCGUCCAAGGCCCUCCUGGCUCUCUCCCUGCUACCUCCAUCCCAGCAGGGUCCACGCCCACCGUGCAGGUCACUCCUCAGCUAGAGACCAAGAGCAUCGGGGCCAGCGUUGAAUUCCACUGUGCUGUGCCCAGCGACCGGGGUACCCAGCUCCGUUGGUUCAAGGAAGGGGGUCAGCUGCCUCCGGGUCACAGCGUGCAGGAUGGGGUGCUCCGAAUCCAGAACUUGGACCAGAGCUGUCAAGGGACAUACAUUUGCCAGGCCCAUGGACCUUGGGGGCAGGCCCAGGCCAGUGCCCAGCUGGUUGUCCAAGCCCUACCCUCGGUGCUUAUCAACAUCCGGACCUCUGUGCAGACCGUGGUGGUCGGCCACGCUGUGGAGUUCGAAUGCCUAGCACUGGGUGACCCCAAGCCUCAAGUGACAUGGAGCAAAGUUGGAGGGCACCUGCGGCCUGGCGUUGUGCAGAGCGGAGGCGUCGUCAGGAUUGCCCACGUAGAGCUGGCUGAUGCGGGACAGUAUCGCUGUACUGCCACCAAUGCAGCCGGCACCACACAAUCCCACGUGCUGCUGCUUGUGCAAGCCUUGCCCCAGAUCUCAAUGCCCCAAGAAGUCCGUGUGCCUGCUGGUUCUGCAGCUGUCUUCCCCUGCAUAGCCUCAGGCUACCCCACUCCUGACAUCAGCUGGAGCAAGCUGGAUGGCAGCCUGCCACCUGACAGCCGUCUGGAGAACAACAUGCUGACGCUGCCCUCAGUCCGACCCCAGGACGCGGGCACCUACGUCUGUACCGCCACUAACCGCCAGGGCAAGGUCAAAGCCUUUGCCCACCUGCAGGUGCCAGAGCGGGUGGUGCCCUACUUCACGCAGACCCCCUACUCCUUCCUACCGCUGCCCACCAUCAAGGAUGCCUACAGGAAGUUCGAGAUCAAGAUCACCUUCCGGCCCGACUCAGCUGAUGGCCUCCUUCUCUACUCAGGGAUGCUGCUGUACAACGGGCAGAAGCGAGUCCCAGGGAGCCCCACCAACCUGGCCAACCGGCAGCCCGACUUCAUCUCCUUCGGCCUCGUCGGGGGAAGGCCCGAGUUCCGUUUCGAUGCAGGCUCAGGCAUGGCCACCAUCCGCCACCCCACACCAUUGGCCCUGGGCCAUUUCCACACCGUGACCCUGCUGCGCAGCCUCACCCAGGGCUCCCUGAUUGUGGGUGACCUGGCCCCGGUCAAUGGGACCUCCCAGGGCAAGUUCCAGGGCCUGGACCUGAACGAGGAGCUCUACCUGGGCGGCUACCCUGACUAUGGUGCCAUCCCCAAGGCGGGGCUGAGCAGCGGCUUCAUAGGCUGUGUCCGGGACCUGCGCAUCCAGGGCGAGGAAAUCAUCUUCCACGACCUCAACCUCACGGCGCACGGCAUCUCCCACUGUCCCACCUGUCGGGACCGGCCCUGCCAGAAUGGUGGGCAGUGCCAUGACUCUGAGAGCAGCAGCUACGUGUGCGUCUGCCCAGCUGGUUUCACCGGGAGCCGCUGUGAGCACUCACAGGCCCUGCACUGCCAUCCAGAGGCCUGUGGGCCCGACGCCACCUGUGUGAAUAGGCCUGAUGGUCGAGGCUACACCUGCCGCUGCCACCUGGGCCGCUCGGGGUUGCGGUGUGAGGAAGGUGUAACGGUGACCACCCCCUCGCUGUCGGGUGCUGGCUCCUACCUGGCGCUGCCCGCUCUCACUAACACACACCACGAGCUACGCCUGGACGUGGAGUUCAAGCCACUCGCCCCUGACGGGGUCCUGCUGUUCAGCGGGGGGAAGAGCGGGCCUGUGGAGGACUUCGUGUCCCUGGCGAUGGUGGGCGGCCACCUGGAAUUCCGCUACGAGCUGGGGUCAGGGCUGGCUGUUCUGCGGAGCGCCGAGCCGCUGGCCCUGGGCCGCUGGCACCGCGUGUCUGCAGAGCGUCUCAACAAGGACGGCAGCCUGCGGGUGAAUGGUGGACGCCCUGUGCUGCGCUCCUCGCCUGGCAAGAGCCAGGGCCUCAACCUGCACACCCUGCUCUACCUGGGGGGUGUGGAGCCUUCCGUGCCACUGUCCCCAGCCACCAACAUGAGCGCUCACUUCCGCGGCUGUGUGGGCGAGGUGUCAGUGAAUGGCAAACGGCUGGACCUCACCUACAGUUUCCUAGGCAGCCAGGGCAUCGGGCAGUGCUAUGACAGCUCCCCAUGUGAGCGCCAGCCAUGCCAACAUGGUGCCACGUGCAUGCCCGCUGGCGAGUAUGAGUUCCAGUGCCUGUGUCGAGAUGGAUUCAAAGGAGACCUGUGUGAGCACGAGGAGAACCCCUGCCAGCUCCGUGAACCUUGUUUGCAUGGGGGCACCUGCCAGGGCACCCGCUGCCUCUGCCUCCCUGGCUUCUCUGGCCCACGCUGCCAACAAGGCUCUGGACAUGGCAUAGCAGAGUCCGACUGGCAUCUUGAAGGCAGCGGGGGCAAUGAUGCCCCUGGGCAGUACGGAGCUUAUUUCCACGAUGAUGGCUUCCUUGCCUUCCCUGGCCGUAUCUUCUCCAGGAGCCUGCCCGAGGUGCCCGAGACCAUCGAGCUGGAGGUUCGGACCAGCACGGCCAAUGGCCUCCUGCUCUGGCAGGGUGUGGAGGUGGGAGAGGCCGGCCGAGGCAAGGACUUCAUCAGCCUCGGGCUUCAAGAUGGGCACCUUGUCUUCAGGUACCAGCUGGGUAGUGGGGAGGCCCGCCUGGUCUCUGAGGACCCCAUCAAUGACGGCGAGUGGCACCGGGUGACAGCGCUGCGGGAGGGCCGCAGAGGUUCCAUCCAGGUUGACGGUGAAGAGCUGGUCAGCGGCCGGUCCCCAGGUCCCAACGUGGCAGUCAACGCCAAGGGCAGCAUCUACAUUGGCGGAGCCCCCGACGUGACCAUGCUGACCGGGGGCAGGUUCUCCUCGGGCAUCACAGGCUGUGUCAAGAACCUGGUGCUGCACUCGGCCCGACCCGGCGCCCUGCCCCCACAGCCCCUGGACCUGCAGCACCGCGCCCAGGCCGGGGCCAACACACGCCCCUGCCCCUCGUAGGCACCUGCCUGCCCCACACGGACUCCCGGGCCGCGCCCCAGCCCGACAACGUCGAGUAUAUUAUUAUUAAUAUUAUUAUGAAUUUUUGUAAGAAACUGAGGCGAUGCCACGCUUUGCUGCUACCGCCCUGGGCUGGACUGGAGGUGGGCACGCCACCCCCACCCACACAGCUGGGCAAAGCCACAAGGCUGGCGGGCAAGACAGGUUUGAUGGGAGUAGGCGCCUCAGAAAGCCACCAGGACUUGGGGUCAGGAACAGUGGCUGGGUGGGCCCAGAACUGCCCCCACUCUCCCCCUACCCACCAAUGGAGGCCCCAAGAUAGAGCUGGGUGGCUUGUUUCUGCAGCCCUUGGGCAGUUCUCACUCCUAGGAGAGCCAACCUCGGCUUGUAGGCUGGUGCCCCACAGCUACCUGAGACGGGCAUCGCAGGAACCUCUGCCACCCACUCAGGAUUGGGAAUUGUCUUUAGUGCCGGCUGUGGAGCAAAAGGCAGCUCACCCCUGGGCAGGCGGUCCCCAUCCCCACCAGCUCGUUUUUCAGCACCCCCACCCACCUCCACCCAGCCCCUGGCACCUCCUCUGGCAGCCUCCCCCCCCACCACGCCCUCCUGGCCUGCAUUCCCACCCCCUCCUGCCAGCACACAGCCCGGGGUCCCUCCCUCGGGCUGUAAGGGAAAACCCACCCCAACUCUUACCAGGAGCUGCUAUAGGCAGAGCCCAGCACUGAGAGGGCCCCGCCCACCGGGCCUUGCCCACCCCAGGCCACAUCCCCACUCAUCUGGAAGUGAAGGCCCAGGGACUCCUCAGCCGCUGCUGGUGCCCAGGAAGAGCUAGUGCCUUGGGUGGGGGAAAGCCGGACUCACAACUGGGAGAGAGAGGAGGGGGAUAUGACCACCGACCACCCUGCCCCAUCUGCGGGAGCCUGAAGAUCCAGCUCGAGUGCCAUCCUGCCAGUGGCUCCCAGACUGUGGGGUUGGGACGCCUGGCCUCUGUGUCCUAGAAGGGACCCUCCUGUGGUCUUUGUCUUGAUUUUUCUUAAUAAACGGUGCUAUCCCCGC